UAUAUAAAGAGGGUCUCUCUCUCUCCGUCGUUGUGUGGGGAGAAAGAAAGAGAGAAAAGAAAAGAAAAUCUUGGUGUCUCUCUGAGGCACAACUCUCGAUACGGCUUUGAUUACCAACAAACUAUAAGUACAGGACGUGUGUGUAAUGAUGGAGAGGAGAGACGAGAGAGAUGCCGGAGAUAUGGUGGGGAGGAAGAGGUUGAGAUUGAGUAGUGAUGAGGGCUCAGAUCUCUUUGAUAGUUUGCCUGAUGAUAUUGUUUUGUUAGUUCUCGCUAAGCUUAGCUCCUCUGCUCGCUCUCCCCGAGAUUUCAUCAAUGUUCUCUCAACCUGUACAAGGCUGAACCGGCUAGCUCUUCAACCGGCGGUCCUCAAAGAAGCCGGAACAAACACCGUCGCCGUCCGAGCCAAAAACUGGUCCGACUCAGCCCACCGCUUCCUAAAACAGUGCGUUCGAGCCGGCAGCACAGAAGCCACUUAUUUCCUAGGCAUGAUUCGAUUUUAUUGUAUGGAGGGCAGAAAAUUCGGAGCGGCACUAAUCGCCAAGGCGGCGAUUAGGAACCACGUGCCGGCGCUCUACUCCCUCGCCAUCAUGCAGUUCAACGGCAGCGGCGGCGAUAAGAGCAGCAAGGACCUCCUCGCCGGCUGCGCGUUGUGCGCACGCGCCGGCGAUCUCGGCCACAUCGACUCCAUCCGCGAGCUCGGCUAUUGUUACCAAGACGGUUACGGCGUGCCAAGGAAUCUUAAAGGAGCGCGGAGCCUCCUCACUCGCGCAGCCGCGAUGGAGGUCGCGUGCUGCGUACGCGCCUCAUCUGAAGACGUGAUUAGAAAAUGCGAGACUCGUCUGGACGCUAUAAUGAGCUUCAAAACGGUUCCCGGUGCGAACCCGGGUCUGGGUCACGCCUACUGGGCCGGGUCGGGGUUGCAAUUCUCGCCCCGCGAGACGCACCCUGCAAACCGGUUUUUACUCGAGUGGUUCGCAAUCCAAGCGGAUUCGGGUUCGGAUCCGGGUCGGGUCGGUGGGGUGAAGCUGUGCUCCGACUUGAACUGCGGGAGAUCCGAGACCCGAGAGAAUGAGUUUAGGAGAUGCUCAGGGUGUGCAAAUGUGAGGUAUUGUUCACGUGGGUGUCAGGCGCAUGAUUGGAAGGUGCGCCACAAGUUUGAGUGCUCGCCUAUGCCUCAGCUAGUGCAUCACGCCGUUGAUGAGGGUUUCUAAUCGGACGGUCCAAAUUUAAACUAGUCUCUUUUCAUCUUUUUUCUUUAUUUUGUUCUGUAGUUCCUUAAAAAAAAAAUCGUAGACAGUUACUGAA